AUGGCCCCCCACAUGAAGGGCUUGCACCAGUUCAUCUCGGACUUGCGCAACGCUGCCGACGCCGCCGAGGAGACGCGGCGCAUCAACGCCGAAAUCCACAACAUCAAAACCAAGCACGCCGGGGGCCUCGACUCGUACCAGAAAAAAAAGUACGUUUGUAAGCUCUUGUACAUCCAGCUCGCCGGCCACGGCGCCGACACCGGCUUUGGCCUCACGCACGCCCUCGACUUGCUUCACGGCCCGCUGUACCUGGAGAAACGCGUGGGCUACCUCGCCGUCUCCAUCCUAUAUACCUACAGCGGCGGCCCCAGGCCCGAGCACCUCGAAGGCUUGGUGGUCCAAACACACGAGUUUGUGGCACGUGACCUCCGCUCCGGCUGCGAGGACACCAACGCGUUGGCGUUGCUGUUCGUGGCCAGCGCGUACGCCGGCGCGCCGCUCCUGGAAACAGGGCCCGCGGCGGAAGCCUGCACCCGCCUCACCGACUUGGUCUACGGGCUCUGCGUGUCGCCCGUGUGCGUCUCCACGGUCAAGAUGCGGGCGCUCGCGGCGCUUCUAGUGUUGGCCCGCGCCCAGCCGCGCUUUGCCGAACACAACGACACAUGGACCCCGCGGCUCUUGGCGUUGCUCGAUGAGCGGGACAUGGGCGUGGUCACGUGCACGGCGCCGUUGGCCGCGUUCUUGUUCCUGCUGGCCCCACACCACGCGCGGGCCGCGGUGCCGCGUGUCGCGGCGCUCUUGGAGGCAAUCUUGGACGACAACACGUGUCCGCCGGCUUAUUUGUACCACGGGGUGCCCGCGCCGUGGCUCGUGGUCAAGCUCUUGCAGCUAGUGGAGCAUGCGUUCACGCACGCGCAGCUCGACGCGGCACGUUUGGACCAGCAGACGCUCGCGCGGCUCCGCCAGGCGGUGCUGACGGCGAUCCACAACGCGACGCAGCCCUCGCCGGGACAGUCUGCCCAUAACGUCCGCUCGGCCGUGCUCUUCCAGGCCGUGUCCAUUGCGCCGUUCCUCGACGCGUCGCGCGAGGCCAUCCACGGCGCCAUCCACGCGUUGGCCCUGCUCCUCGGCACGCCGGAAACCAACACCCGCUACCUCGUGUUGGACGCGCUCGUCAAGCUCUGCGUGCGCUCGCACCGCGCCGCGGUGUUCCUGGAGUACUUCGACCGCAUCGCCGCGUUGCUCCACGACAAGGACGUGUCUGUGCGCAAGAAGACGCUCGACCUCCUCUUUGCCAUGUGUGACGAGCUCACGUACACUCGCGUCACUGCGUGCCUCCUCGACUACUUCCCGCGCGCGGACGUGGGCUUGAAGACUGACGUGCUGGUCAAGGUCGCGGUGUUGGCCGAGCGCUUCGCCACGGACGCGCUCUGGUACGUGUCCACCAUGCUCCGGCUCCUCGCGCUUGGAGGGCUGAGCUCGCGGCCCGUGGCGGGCGUGGAUGGCACGGCCCGCGCGGGCGACGUGUGGGAGCGCAUUCUUCAGAUUGUCGUCAACAACGAGGACUUGCAGAAGACUGCCGCCAAGUAUGUGCUCAACAUUCUCCGCAAACCCGAGACCGAGCCAUCCGAGAGCAUUUUCAAGGUCGCUGCAUUUGUGCUCGGCGAGUUUGGUCACAAGUUGGUGGCCUCCGAGCCCGCGGGCUCCCACUUCGGUCUCGCCAACCAGUUCCAAGUUCUUCUGAGCGCAUACCUGGCCUCAAGUGUACACACCAGGCCCUUGAUCAUGAACGCGUUUCUCAAGUUUGUCAUGCACUUCCCGCACGAGGACUUCGUGCCCGAUGUCUUAGAUUUGUUCGAUGCCGAGUCGUCUUCGCUAGACCUCGAGAUCCAGACACGCGCCCACGAGUACUUGAAGGUUGCAACGUUGCUCACCAGCGGCAAUGAGGCGGAUGCCGCCUUCGCAGCGUCCUUGGUGCAGCCACUUCCGCCUUUUGAGAGCUCGGAAAAUAAACUUAUCACCCACUUGGGUAGCCUCAAAAUCCUCGCAGCGCCGUCCUCGUCUAGCGUUAAUGUGUCCAACAUUCCUCCAGCUAACGCCAACGGCGCUCUUCAACAACGCCUGAGCGCUUCUUUCAGUUUACUCAGCGCAGAAGAUACGGGUCCUGACCCCUUUGGCGACUCGCAAAUCACCAAGGCCCCGCAAUUAUCCCCCAACUGGUACGACGGUUACCACCGGAUGCUCCAGUUCGAUGUCGGUAUUUUCUACGAGGACCAGCUUGUCAAAUUGACUUACCGCAUUGUCCGAGACGGACCUACCUUGCGCAUCACCUUCACAAUCAUCAACAACGCCGCCAAGACGGCUGAAUCAGCGUUAACGGCUUUCACUGUGCACGAUAUCCACAGUUUUGGCCUACAUAACUACUUGGUUAGCAUGCCCAAGAUCCCUGAGCUGAAAAUCCCGCAGAAAUCCACCAUGGAGCUCGAGGUGAAGGUCCGCGAUAUUUUUGGAAGCAAAGACGGCCCUAUUCUCGCCAUGAGCUAUAAAUGCGGCGGCUCAUUCAACACUUUAAAUUUAAAAGUCCCUGUUGUGUUAACAAAGACAUUAUCAGGCACAUCCAUGAGCUCGAUAGACGAGUUCAAGAGGCGAUGGAUUCAAAUUGGAGAAGUGCUAGGUCUCGAAAAGGGAGAAAUGCGUGCCGUAGUAUCUGCUGCUCAUAGGCGUAAUUCUUCGACGCUAGUGAUGAUGCUCCAGAGACUAGGCUUAUCUAUCAUACAGAGCACACCAGAUGACCCACAAUUCAAUAUUCUAGUCACGGCAGCAGGAAUCUUGCGGACGGUGAAGUCGAACUGCGGAGUUUUGGUGACUGUGAAGAGUAUAAGGCCAGACUCCAAUGACCUUGAUGUAAUUGUCAGAAGUACCGGGCCCGGUGUUCCUGCAGUUGUGCAUGAUAUCAUCAGGGAGCUUCUUAAUUACAAACACUAG